AUGCUGCUGGAUCUUGUUGAAGACUAUAGACUUGCCUUGAAGGUAAGGAACAAAUUGAGCGAUGAUUUAGCUAAAGGAGAUUUACAAAAAUUUUCAACUCAAAUCAAUCUAUUAGACAAAUUGGUUCUUGAUAUCAGGAUAAAGAAUAUCCAAAGGUUAAAAAAUAAAAGAAUGGAAUUGUUUCAACGAAAUUAUUUUGAUUAUUCAAGUGAUAGUGAUUCCGAUAGUGAUGAUUCAGAUAUAAGCAGUUCGAGCUCGGAUUAUUACUCCGACACAGAUUCCGAUUCGAGUGAUUCAGAAUCGGAGGGUGAUGAGUAUGAGUCAAUUUGUUUCAAUAUACGUCGACUUUCGACCAUAGAAGAGGAAUAA